CCGGGUGUUUCAACCAGUCCUUUGAAGAUUUCAGCAGACAGCCGAAUCACGAGCGUCCCCUUCAUCGCAGCAAUCACCAGUCGUCCUCGCGAGAUAGGCAGAAGAGAGCGGCGAAAAGGCAGAGACCGGCGGCCAUGGACAGCGGCAGCCCGGUGAUGACGGAGAGCGAGCGGCGCGCGUACCGGUACGCGCAGGCGCCGAGGGUGCAGGGCCUCGGCGUGAGGAAGUCGUGGUCCAACGACUCCCUCUUCAGCCUCGUCGGCUCCGCCAGAGGGGUCACCGUCCACUCCUGCGUCUGCGCGCCCACCACGCACCCCGGAUCAUUCCGCUGCAAGCACCACCGACAGAACCAGAACGCCUACCAAAUCGGCGGCGCCGGCCAGGCCACGGCCGACGCCGACGUGAAGCGCGGCGACGAGGCCCACCAAGAAGCUUCGUCGUCCGCGGAGCAGGAGAAGGCGUCCUGAAGACGACCGCGUGUUCUUCUUCGCGGGCCGGCAGGAAGGCGUCGUUCUGUGUGUGGUUGUACCUCUACGUACGUGCGUGCGUUUGCCUGAUGUGACUUACCGUGGAGGGACCCCCGUUUACCGCUGAAUAUGUGGACAGCUUUUUUCCUCUGUAAAUUUUCAAGAGUUGGUUUUCUUUGAAGUGUAUUUGAUUUUUAGUUAUGUUCUUGAGAGAAGAGGGUGAAUUUCA